GCCUCCGUCCCCUUCCUCUUCCUCCUCCUCCUCCCCCUUCCUUUGCCCUGCGCCCUGGAGUCUCUACGAGGAGGAGGAGAGGAAGAGAACCGCUCCAUCUCCACAAUGUCCUAUCCCUCCAUGUCUCCGGAGUUCUGGAGCAACAGCAGCACGGCAGUGGGCGGAAGCUCAAAGUGCUCGCAGCCGGUGGUGUGCAAGCCGGGCACCCUGCUGCCCGUGUGGAAGCCCCUGGGCCCCGGGCUGGGCGACCAGGUGGCCAGGGCCGUGGUCUACUUCACCUGCCUCAUGUACAUGUUCCUGGGAGUGUCCAUCAUCGCAGACCGCUUCAUGGCCUCUAUCGAGGUCAUCACCUCACAGGAGAAGGAGGUGACCAUCACCAUGCCAAGCGGUGAGACGUCUGUGGCCACUGUACGUAUCUGGAACGAGACUGUGUCCAACCUGACUCUGAUGGCUCUAGGCUCCUCCGCCCCAGAGAUCCUGCUGUCUGUCAUAGAGGUGUGUGGGCAUGGGUUCAAGGCAGGUGAGCUGGGCCCUGGCACCAUUGUGGGCAGUGCCGCAUUCAACAUGUUUGUGAUCAUCGCCAUCUGUGUGUGGGUCAUCCCUGAAGGAGAGACCAGGAAGAUCAAACACCUCCGCGUGUUCUUCAUCACAGCCUUCUGGAGUAUCUUCGCCUAUAUCUGGCUCUUCCUCAUCCUCUCUGUCAUCUCACCCGGAGUAGUGGAGGUGUGGGAGGCCCUGGUCACCCUGCUCUACUUCCCAGUGUGUGUGAUCCUGGCCUGGAUCGCCGACCGCCGCCUGCUCUUCUACAAGUACAUGGCCAAGCGUUACCGCGCUGACAAGCAUGGCAUCGUCGUGGAGACGGAGGGGGACACAACCCCGAAAGGCUUCGAGAUGAUUAUGGACGGAAAGUUCCCUCCUAGGGGAGGAGUGCUGGGAGUGAUGCCCAGUGAGAACUGCCAGGAUGGUGCCAACAAUGCGGCGGGCGCCGUGGCCUACCUGCCCAACUCCAACAGCACCAUGGUGACUGUAGAGAAUACCAAGGAGCUGGACGAGAGCCGCAAGGAGGUGAUCCGCAUCCUGAAGCAGCUGAAACAGAAGUUUCCGGACAAGGAGCUGGAUCAGCUGGUAGAACUAGCCAACUACUACGCCCUCCUCCAUCAGCAGAAGAGCCGCGCCUUCUACCGCAUCCAGGCUACACGCAUGAUGACCGGCGCCGGCAAUGUGCUCAAGAGGCACGCCGCCGACCACACCCGCCGCGCCGCCGCCGUGGACGAGGAAGUUGUCUGCGAGGACGACGACCUGACCGAGUGCAGCCGCCUGGCAUUUGAGAGCACCCACAGCCAGUGCAUGGAGAACUGUGGUGUACUGAGGCUGGCUGUGGUGUGUCAAGGGGGCCUGGGGGAGAGCACCUUCUACGUGGACUACAGGACCGAGGACGGCUCGGCCAACGCCGGGUCCGACUACGAGUACAGUGAGGGAACGCUGGUGUUCAAACCUGGAGAGACCUGCAAGGAGAUCAAGGUCGGCAUCAUCGAUGAUGACAUCUUCGAGGAGGACGAGCACUUUUUCGUGCGGCUGCUCAACCUGCGCAUCGGUGACGCUGAGGGGAUGUUCGAGAGUGAUGAGCCAGGUGCGGGACCCAAGGGCCGUCUGGUGGAGCCACUGGUCACCAUGGUGACCAUCCUGGACGAUGACCAUGCUGGCAUCUUCACAUUCCGUGAUCGGCUGGUGCGCGUCAGCGAGAGCGUUGGUACCAUGGAGAUCACAGUGGUGCGGAACUCGGGUGCCCGCGGCACAGUGAUCCUGCCCUAUCACACGGAGGCGGGCACGGCGAAGGGAGGCGGCGUGGACUACGAGGACACUCAGGGAGAGCUGGAGUUCUCCAACGACCAGACAACUCAGACCCUGCAGGUGAGGAUCAUUGAUGAUGAGGAGUAUGAGAAAAAGGAGAACUUCUUCAUCGUACUAGAGGAACCGCGCUGGCUGAAGAGGGGAAUCUCAGCCCUUCUGCUCAACCAAGAGGAUCCUGAUGGCCAGAUGAGUGCAGAGAAGGAGGAGGCGAGGCGCAUUGCAGAGAUGGGAAAGCCCAUCUUGGGAGAGCACAGCCGGCUGGAAGUGGUCAUUGAGGAGUCUUAUGAGUUCAAGAGCACCGUUGACAAGCUCAUUAAGAAGACCAACUUGGCUCUUGUGAUUGGCACUCACUCCUGGAGGGAGCAGUUCGUGGAAGCUGUGACUGUCAGCGCAGGUGAUGGUGAUGACGAUGACGAGGAGGGGCGUGAGGAGCGUCUGCCAUCCUGCUAUGACUACGUCAUGCACUUCCUGACGGUGUUCUGGAAGGUUCUGUUCGCCUUCGUUCCGCCCACCGAGUACUGGAAUGGCUGGGCCUGCUUCUUCGUGUCCAUCUCAGUCAUCGGCAUCCUGACUGCCAUCAUUGGGGACCUAGCCUCCCACUUCGGCUGCACCGUGGGCCUCAGAGACACUGUCACUGCCGUGGUGUUUGUGGCUCUGGGUACCUCCAUUCCUGACACGUUUGCCAGCAAGGUGGCGGCCACGCAGGACCAGCACGCCGAUGCGUCGGUGGGCAACGUGACGGGCAGCAACGCGGUCAACGUGUUCCUGGGCAUCGGGGUGGCGUGGUCGGUGGCAGCCGUCUACUGGAAGGUGCAGGGCAAGGAGUUCCGCGUGGACCCGGGCUCCCUGGCCUUCUCCGUCACUCUCUUCACCAGCUUCGCCUUCAUCUGCAUGGGCGUGCUGCUGUUCCGACGGCGGCCCUCUAUCGGGGGGGAGCUGGGCGGGCCGCGGACAGCACGCAUCAUCACCAGCCUCCUCUUCCUGGGCCUCUGGUUCCUCUACGUCCUCUUCUCCAGCCUGGAGGCCUACUGCCACAUAGAGGGCUUCUAGAGGACACAUGAGAGCAGAGACAGGACUACUAGUCAAAACAUUGAUAUACAUUAUAGUUAUUAUAAUACACACCUACUACAGGACAAGGCCCAGGCCAAAGGUUGGGACCUGGUCAUUGUCACUGGAUCACUAAUACCUAAGGGAUCUGUAGACAUACCCGAUAUACACACAUUUACAUACAAAACACAUACACACACAUACUGAAACAUGAACUGUACAUAUAACUACAUGCAUGCGCAAAACACACACACGUGGUCUCUCACGAAGACAAAACAUACACAUACAGUACUGUAACAAAGGCACCACACGGGUUGUGUAUGGCCUGGAGCCUGGAAGACACCCAGUUAACAUCAACCUCCUAUUGCACACUCAAAUGUUAUACACACUCACUGGACAAACGAGGAAGAGAAGGAGAGAAAAUAAAAUAUUGUAUUGGUCAAGGAAGUGAUGAAGGAAGUAAGACAGGAGAGAUUUCAUAGUAGGAAGAAUGUUCAGAAUGUAAACCGGCAUGUCGGAAAAGAGGGAGAGCGAAAGAGAAAGUGACAGACAGGUGUGUAGAAACUAAGUGUUGCAGUGGCAUUCUAUUCAUUCCAGCUGGCUGCGUAACAUGGUUUUGGGUCCAGCUAGACUGCUUUAACUGAAGCAGGGUAGAGUGCCAUGGGUUUUGCAGGGAUGGCCAUAGCUCUUUCAAUUGGUGCAGGGGAGGCGAACCAGACUCAAGCCACUCGACACAAUCCAUGUCUGUGUGGCCUUAAAGCAGCACCCCUCCUCCCUUUCACUGGGGGUUCCUUUUCAAAGACAGAGUCCACACACGUACGAGCAGUGAUGGAAAAAGUACUCAAUUAUCAUACGUGAGUCAAAGUAAAGAUACCUUAAUAGAAAAUGACUCAAGUAAAAGUCACCCAGUAAAAUACUACUUGUUCUAAAAGUAUCUGGUUUUAAAUGUACUUAAGUACAGUGGUGCAAAAAGUACUAUAUUGUCAGACUUGAGUAAAAGUAAAUGCUAUACAUCAAAUUACGUAUAUUAAGCAAACCAGACCGCACAAUUUUAUUUUUUC